UUCAGGGCGUAAAAAAACAGGCUGGCGCUUCCAGCAGAAAGUAUUCUACCGAACACAUCAAGCCAUGCUCAAAACUGGAAGCAAUGAUCUGGAAUAGAAUACGGAAGCGCCUGGAAGCGCGAUGACCCAGCACUUGCACAUAACAUCAAGGAUCAUGGAAUUCGGCAAUACGGAAUUUGGUUCAAAUGAUCCAAGGUCAGAGCGGGAGUCGCUUCUUUCACUACAAUUUCCACAGCACCACCCACUCUUCACACGUACAGCACCCAUCGUAUAAGUUCUCAGACCUGGGCACCCUUUUCCAUACACAUGCGACCAUGUGGAUGAACGAACGUCGCUACUUACCAGAAUACCCGGUCCAACCACAAGUUGAUAGUAAUAGUCAAAUUCCAACAAGUCGUAUCGGAGGGAAACUGGUUUCUAAAGGAAUACCUUCCGCUUUACCUGAACUGACACAACCUCAUAGAAUGUCAUACACGACUCCAUUUUAUCGACCAGCGCACCCGAACGAACUUGAAGCUCAGGCCUUCCAGCUCCACCGAGCGCCCACUCAUAGACCGUUAGGGUUAUGGGCCUAUGUUGAUCCAACUUGGAACACAACUCAACAUGUUCAAAAUCGUACUAGUGUCGCUAUCCCAUCCCCGGCAACAUACUGUAUACCCAAUCCCUGCAUUCAAACUCCUCCUGUCCCUCAAACGCGCGAUGGACAACAAAACUAUGAUGACGACGAGGCAGCAACGUUCUCUGUUUGCGGGUCAUUCGACGAUCGCCUGCGAAACAGAGAUUUACUAGACGUGGUUCAAAAUGAAAAUGUCCUCCAACCAAUUUUUGGACGAUUUGAUUCGUCUGUGGAUUCAGCUAUACCCUUGGGACCCGGAACCGACGUGACAGACCCAGUACCCGUAACUGUCGCUGGACUGGAAAAACUCAUCCAAGACCAUGCCCGGAGAAAUCAGAACUAUUUUGAUUAUCAUUCAUCCUCGACAACAACAACCAUCAUAUCCUUGCCUCCCUUGACCGAGUUAAAUCUGAGCACUCAUAAUUCGCAAUCUACGCACGAUUGCUUACGACCUGUUGAAGCUGUGGCUUGCUGUGACGAGGAAAUUGGAACCAAGUCACAAUCAGCCAUGGAGUUGCUGCUGGCGAUGGGGGGCAGGAGAUCGAAGUCAAUCGAGAAGGUGAUGAGGUGGAGAAUGGGUUGUAUUUGAAUGGAAUAGGUGCAAGUUUUGUUCAUGUAUAGUAGUGCUAUUCGGCCUAGGGUCCGAGUUAGCCCGGUGAGAUUG